AAUCCGACACCUGCGGCACCGCUCCCCAUCCCGCUGUGAAACCGGGGGAGCUGAGGCGAGAUGAGGAGCGAGGGGCUGAGCCUGGGGCUGGUCCUGCUGUGCUUGCUGCGUGUGCAGGCUAAGCCCCUGGGAACUGCGGAGCCGGACGCGAGCAAGGUUGCAGGGACAUGGUACAUCACUGCUAUGGCCUCUGACUCCAAGACCUACCUCGAAAAGAAGGACCAGCUGAAGAUGGCGAUGGCCAACAUUGAGGUCCUGGGGGAUGGUGACCUGAACGUCUCCUUUGCGAUUCCCACCCCUGAGAGGUGUAUGAAGUUCUCAUCGAUCUACAAGCCGACAGGCAACCCGGAUGAAUACCACAGCUCUGACAGAGGCAAUAAGACGGUGCAGCUGGUGAAUACCGACAGCAGCUCCUACAUGGUUGUCUUUGCCACCAGAGAGAAGAAUGGGAAGAAGUUGAAGAUGCUGAGACUUUACAGCAGAGCCCAGCAGGUGAGACCCAAAAUCAUAUCGCUGUUCAAGAGAUUUGCCAAGCAGUAUGGCUUCACUGACGAGACCAUCUGGAUUUUACCCACGCAGGAGGAAUGCCAACUUGGUGAACCAUAGGUCCACGUCUCUCCUGUUCUCCAGGAGGUGCCGGCUGGCUCGUGGGCGCUUCUGUCCAGCCAUGCGAGACCCGUGCUCUGAGGCUCCAGGCUCCUGCUCCACCAUCCUUCAUCCAGGCUCUGUUGUCAGGACUCUGACACAGCCCCUGCUCCUCCGGCACACACUCCCUGCUUUUUGCCAAAUAAACAGAACCUCUCCACCCCC